GGAAUGGGAAAAGGUUUUAAUGGAAAUGGGCAGGAAAAAAGUACUCAAAAUUAUUAUGCCUUGGUUUUUGCUAUUUUUGACAAAUCUUUGGGAUAUAGAACAAAACAAAGGGGAAUGCUCUGGGAUAAAGGGUAUAUAAUUGGGCUUGUUACAAGUGAAGGGAAACCAUUUUAAAUAUAACAUCCAUUAUUUUUGGAUUUCCAAAACAAACUUAAUAAACAUUUUAAAUUUCGUAAUUCCCUCCAAUCUAUUCUUUUUUUUUUAAUUUUUUUUUAAAUUUUUUCUCAUUUAUUUAUAAUACUCAUUUGUCCUUUCACGAUUGUCUACUUCAAAGUCUUGGCCAAACACUGCACAUCUUACUUCUUUUACUCAUAGGUCCUCUCUCCAAUUUGCCAUAGUAGUGGCGGCGUCUGCUUUUAUUUAUGCAGCUUUUAUUUUGCUUCCUGCAAUGACUGCUUUAGUAAAAGAAUUUGUCUCUUUAACCCUUUUUUACUACUCCUCUUUA